GUGGAUUGCCUCCCACGAAUAUGGUACCGCUAUGCGACCGGAAGCUUCGUUGUGAAUUGUCUUGCCAGCCUGCCCGACCAGGCGGCGGGGGAGAUGAUGAAGGCAAUUAGUGGCUCUGAAGGUGGCGACACAAGCGCUCACCAAGCAGCGAGGACAAUGCGACUGCAGAGGGCCUCACGUUUGUUCCGACUAGCACGUAUCGGACGACUUGCAAAAUUAACCGCUAUGAAGUCGAGCCCUUUGUGGAAGUGGCUGCAGACUUUGCGGGGAGUGCGGAUCAUCAACGUGUUGGUUGGUUUAUUUUUCUCCGUGCAUUUGCUGGCAUGUGGCUGGUACAUGUGUGCUUCACUGCAUGCCGACGUGGAGACAACCUGGCUUGCGCGGAGAUAUGUGGAUGCAGACGGUACGAAGAACCUCCUGGAUGAGAGCGAUCCGGGUCUACAGUGGCUGCAUGCCAUGUACUUCAUUCUGACGGUUUUCACCACCGUAGGCUUCGGCGACAUCGCUGCAGUCACACCAGGUGAGAUUUUCUACGUGGUCCUAACUUUCCUCAUCGGCGCGGUGGUGCACAGUAUCAUUAUUGGAGAGGUGAUAGCCGCGGUCACUCGCGUGGACGAGCGCGGGCAGUUUGUCACAGAACAGCGAG